CUGGAACCGCUCGGCUCAUAUCCAAGCUACAUGGAAAUUGCUGAGGACCAGAUCGGCGCCCAGGGCGGACCGGAGUUCAUAAACUUCGUUGCUACUCAGACGAGAGUGAAACGACGAGGACGCACCAUCAAAGACGAUCUCCUUGAGGAGCCCCAGAGACUCCUUGAGAACCUCAACUCCUACUUGGCUGUGAGGGUCAGUCUCUGCACCGGAGUUUCCCAAAGAGUGCCGUUGCGAGCACUGUUCGGAGACUUGUUUCCGGCAUACGCAAGUACUCUGAGCUCCCGAGAAGCUGUCGCUAUAUGGAACGAACUGCAAGCAGAUCAUCGAAUUAGUGAUCGCCUCAUAAACGCCUACAAAAGUGAGGGAGAGCCUUCGCCGCUGCGUGAAUGGCUACUAUCAUUGAGCCAUGCACAGCUCACGUUCAUCUUCAGCGCGAUGGAGCAGAUGCUCAAGACGCUCAAGUUUACCGGCCUGUCACCCAACGGGAAGGUGUUCUCAGUGGCAUGUCCUCGAGACGCCUUCAGUAGGUGCUUCGAGAUUCCGCUCGGAGAGGAAACAAAGUGGGCGUCGCUGCUCGCAGACUCGCAAAAAUGCGCCACAUUCGCCUACGUAACAACCGUAUGUCUUGUGACGGAUGAGGUGAGCUGCCAAUGUCCUGGAUCCUGGACCAACAGCAUGCCUCUACUCGAGACGUCCGUUCUGGCGCCGACAGCGAGGCAGUGGAAUCUCUCAGACGGCAGCUUCUACUUUUUCAUCAACCUCGAGAACGACAUGAACUGGGUUGAAGCCCGACAACACACCGACGGCUCGAACAGGUGGAACACCCUAAUUACUGUUCAUCAGGUGACAGGUGUGGCGUUGAGUUGGCGAGUGAGAAUCAUGGGAAAGUCGUGGGGAAACCAGAUUCGAGAGAGACGUGACCACUGGGAAACGGCUUUGGCAGUUUCUAUCUCAUCUACGAGGAACAGGUUGCGGAGGCAGCUAGAUUGA